AUGAAAAGUAAAGAACCAUCGCAACAAGAAUCUUCUGGAUGCAGUUUGAGUCCAAUCUAUCUGGAUUUACAAGCUACUACUCCUAUGGAUCCUCGUGUCAUUGAUGCUAUGCUUCCGUAUAUGACAUAUGAAUUUGGUAAUCCUCAUAGUCGUACACACAAAUAUGGAUGGAAUGCCGAGGAAGCGGUGGAAGAUGCUAGACGUCAGGUGGCGAAUUUAAUCGGAGCUGAUCCUCGGGAAAUCAUAUUCACUUCUGGAGCAACCGAAUCUAAUAAUAUUGCUGUUAAAGGCGUCGCUCAUUUUUAUCGUCAGUCUGGCAAAAAGCACGUUAUAACACUGCAGACGGAGCAUAAAUGCGUUUUGGAUUCUUGUCGUUCACUCGAAAUGGAAGGAUUCGAUUUAACAUAUCUAUCAGUACAGAAAAAUGGAAUUAUAAAUCUUGAGGAACUAGAGAAGGCGCUACGUCCAGAAACUGUACUCGUUUCGAUAAUGACCGUGAAUAAUGAAAUUGGUGUUAAACAGCCCAUUGAGGCGAUUGGAACUCUAUGUCGGAAAAAAGGAAUUUUUUUCCAUACAGAUGCGGCGCAAGCAGUUGGUAAGGUCCCACUUGAUGUUAACAAAAUGAAUAUCGAUUUGAUGUCGAUCAGUGGGCAUAAAAUUUAUGGUCCCAAAGGUGUGGGUGCAUUAUAUGUGCGUCGUCGACCUCGAGUAAGACUUGAAGCUCAGAUGUCCGGUGGUGGUCAAGAAAGAGGUAUGCGAUCUGGAACGUUGCCAACACCACUUGUUGUUGGUUUGGGUAAGGCAUGUGCUAUAGCUGAUGAUGAGAUGGAAAUGGAUAUCGCUCAUGUUGCACGUCUUUCUUUGCGUCUAUUGAAUCGAAUAAAUCAAAAUUUGCAGCAUGUAAUUCGAAACGGCGAUUCAAAGAAUUCAUAUCCUGGUUGCAUCAAUUUAUCAUUCGCAUAUGUCGAAGGUGAAAGCCUUUUGAUGGCAUUGAAAGAUGUUGCACUUUCAUCCGGAAGCGCAUGCACUAGUGCAUCGUUGGAGCCGUCUUAUGUUUUGCGUGCUAUUGGUGCCGAUGAAGAUUUGGCUCAUUCAAGUAUUCGGUUUGGGAUCGGUCGUUUUACUACUGAAGAGGAAGUUGAUUACACAGCUGAUCUUUGUAUAAAACAUGUAAAUCGUUUGAGAAAUAUGAGCCCACUAUGGGAAAUGGUUCAAGAGGGAAUAGAUUUGAAAACAAUCCAGUGGAGCCACAAUUAG